GCGGGUCUCUGAGAAUACACACACGGCUUGUCCUUGAGACAUGACUGCCCGAGGGUCUCCCAGGUUUAUUCCCGGGACAGCCAAAGACUUUAACGCGUCCGGGUGACCAGAUGCUGGGUGUUUUUGUUAAGGCCGCGCUGCGGCCUGGCAUGGUGAAGCCAUGUCGCCUGGUCAGACCCGUAACACAGAUCCCCGAGAGGUCCCUGGUGCACCAGGAGGGAUUACCAAAGCUGCCGGUGCCACCCUUGAAGCAGACAUGUGAGCGGUACCUGGCUGCUCUGGAGCCCAUUGUCAGCGAGGAGGAGCUGGAAUACACCCGGAAGCUGGUGAAGGAGUUCCUCACAGGUGGUGUCGGGGAAAGGCUGCAGAAAGGCCUGGAGCGGCGGGCCCGCAAGACAGACAACUGGUUGUCAGAAUGGUGGAUGCAGAAAGCCUAUCUAGACUGCCGUAUGCCGGUGGCGGUCUACACCAGCCCUGGGGUUGUCCUGCCUCGCAUGCACUUCCACGAUCGUCAAGGACAGAUGAGGUUUGCCGCCAAGCUGAUUGCAGGAGUUUUGGAGUUUAAAAAAAUGAUUGACACUGAUACGCUGCCUGUAGAGUACCUGAGUGGGAAGCCGCUGUGCAUGGACCAGUACUACCAGAUCCUGUCGUCCUGUCGUGUCCCUGGUCCAAAGAGAGACACGGUUGUCAAUCACACCAAGGGGACAACACCCAUCACCCAUAUCACCGUGGUCCACAACUUCCAGUUCUUUGUCUUGGAUGUGUACCACAGCGAUGGCACCCCGCUGACCAUAGACCAGAUUUACAUGCAGUUGGAGAAGAUCUGGAACUCCUCCUUGCAGACUAACAAGGAGCCUAUUGGGAUCCUCACGUCCCAGCACCGCAACACCUGGGGAAAAGCCUAUAACAAUUUGAUAAAAGACAAAACAAAUAAGGAGUCAGUCCGCGCCAUCCAGAAAAGCAUCUUCACAGUUUGCCUGGACGCCCCGAUGCCGCGCACGUCAGACGAGCUGUACUGGAGCCGCGUGGCUGCACAGAUGCUGCAUGGAGGAGGAGCUCGCUGGAACAGCGGCAACCGCUGGUUCGACAAGACGUUGCAGUUCAUUGUUGGUGAAGACGGCACGAGUGGACUAGUGUAUGAACAUGCACCUGCUGAGGGUCCACCCAUCGUGUUUCUCAUCGAUUUCGUUGUUGGAUGCAUGUCGAGAACCGAAAUAGUCCGCACUCCUAUGGUUCCCCUGCCCAUGCCUAUGAAACUGCGUUUUAACAUCACACCUGAGGUCAAGAGAGACAUUGAGAGAGCCAAACAAAAUAUGAACAUAAUGGUUCAUGAGUUAGAUGUGAAGGUGCUUAUGUUUUCGGAAUUUGGAAGAAAAUUUCCACAAAAACACAAGCUCAGUCCAGAUGGCUUUGUGCAAAUGGCUCUUCAACUGGCCUACUUCAGGACUUAUAAUAUUUGCUGCUCUACCUACGAGAGCGCAUCGUUACGAAUGUUCAAAUACGGGCGAACAGAUUCAAUUCGUGCAACCACUACAGGCUCCUUUGAAUUUGUCCAGGCAAUGCAAGACCCAUCUAAACAGAACACAGAGAGGCUGGCGCUCCUGCGGGCGGCUGUUCAGACACACAAGGAGAACACGUACAACGCGAUUCAUGGCCAAGCGAUAGACAGACACCUCCUCGGACUGAAGAUGCUGAGCAUUGACGAGCUGACCUCCAUGCCCGAGAUAUUCAUGGAUACCUCUUUUGCUGUGGCUCAGCAUUACAAUCUGUCCACCAGCCAGGUUGGCUCCAAGACAGACUGUGUGAUGUCCUUCGGUCCGAUGGUGCCAGAUGGCUACGGAGUGUGUUACAACCCCAUGGAUGAGCACAUCAACAUCGCCAUCACGGCCUUCAACAGCUGCGAGGAGACGAACGCGGCCAAGUUCUCGCGGGCUGUGGAGGACGCUCUGUUGGACAUGAGAGCUCUCCUGGAAGACACAGCUACGGUUUAA